AUGAGCGUUGAAGAUAUUACUAAAGGAUUGGAUUUAUUAGAUGUUCAUGUCAAAUUGUCGACCAUCUUUAGUGCAGUGGCAUCUGGUGAAACUAGAGGUUACAAACUAUGUGAUGUUGAAGACAAUUCACUCACUCCAUUAUUGUUGCAACUUGAAAAGGAGGCAACCAAGGAAGGAGAGAUUUCAUUCAGCGAGCAGUGUGAUAUGACCAUCAAGGUGGACGGUGUCGAUUGUGGUACGUUGGCCAAACCAAACAUUGAAAAGCUCAUUUCAAUGGCUCAUCCUGCACCAUUUGGCAAGGGAACUGAAAAGGUUUAUGAUGAGACUGUUAGAAAGGGUCUUCAAAUCACUGCCAAUAGAAUCCAACUUGGCGAUCUACCACCAUCUGCAGAACAAGUUAGAUCUGGUUACGCUUUGGUUCAUUACACCUAUGACCAAAGUGCUACCAAUCUCACUAAAACUCUUCAACAAACCAAUUAUCAUAAAGAUAUGUUGGAUAUCUUUGAAACUUAUAAUUCUACACCAUCUCUUAGACUUUACAAGAUUCAUAUUUACCAAGAGGGAGGAUUCUUUGAUGAACAUAUUGAUACUCAAGUUGAACAUAGUCAUGUUGGUACUUUUAUUCUUCCAAUUGGUGUUGAUACCUAUGAAGGAGGUGAAUUUCAAGUUGGUUCUGGUUUAAAGCUCGAUGAAAACGACUGUCGGUCGGUCAAGUUAAACGUCACUAAAAUUCCCGAAGGUUAUCAACCACCAAGCCAAACAGGUGGUAGAUUCAUGGGCUCUACAGGAUUGCAUCAACAUUCAGUUGUUGCAUCAACAUCACCAUUCAUUCAGCAACAACAAGUUGUACAAGCAUCAUCAACAUCACCAUUCAUUCACCAUCAAGCAGGUGCAACAACAACAUCACCAUUCGUUCAGAAUCAAGUACCUUUAAAUACAACUCCAUUCGUUCCACCACCCCGUAACCCAUUCCCAGUUGUUCAAUCUCACCAAACAGAUCCAUUCCCUUCUAGUUCAGUGGGUGGAACCUCAGUGAGUGGAAGCUCGAGUGUACCAACAUCAACAUCUCCAUUCAUUCAACAUCAAGCAGGAUCAACACAAGUACCUUUAAAUACAACUCCAUUUGUCCCACCACCACGUAACCCAUUCCCAGUUGUUCAGUCUCAUCAAACAGAUCCAUUCCCUACUAGUUCAGUCAGUGGAACCUCAGUCAGUGGAAGCUCGAGUGUACCAACAUCAACAUCUCCAUUCAUUCAACAUCAAGCAGGAGCAUCACAAGUACCUUUAAAUACAACUCCAUUUGUCCCACCACCACGUAACCCAUUCCCUGUUGUUCAGUCUCAUCAAACAGAUCCAUUCCCUGCUGGUUCGGCCAGUGGAACCUCUAGUGUUUCAUACUCCUCAGGUAGUGUAUCCUCAGUGAGUGGAAGCUCGAGCGUACCAACAACAACAUCUCCAUUCAUUCAACAUCAAGCAGGAGCAUCACAAGUACCUUUAAAUACAGCUCCAUUUGUUCCACCACCACGUAACCCAUUCCCAGUUGCUCAAUCUAACCAAACAAGUCCAUUCCCUGCUGGUUCGGUCAGUGUAACCUCUAGUGUUUCCUCGGUUGGUCCAGUGAAUCAAGCAAUGUCAGGAUUCGGAGGAUUCGGGGCAUCAUCAGCUCCAUUUGUCCACGCAGCCUCAAGUAAUAAUAAUAAUAAUGCUCAAGCACUUGCUCCAGCAGGAGAAGUUGGCAAAAAAAUCGAUUUGUUUAAAGCAAAAUAUGUGGCCAUGUUUAACGAUUGUCCACAUCGUGUUUUGCCAGUUACCAAGGGCACCAGAAUCGUCCUCCAAUACAACGUCAUUAUGAAAGAUGCCGAAGACAAGUACGACGGUGGUAUCAAGCCAACUGGAUCAUCGCACUCUAUCUUUUCAGACAGAUCCGAGGAAGAGGAAGAAGAAGGCAAUAGUUUGAACGACCAAGACGACGAAACUUUCCCCUCGAUCCAAGACAUUAAAAAGAAACAAGCCGAGAAGAAGCCUGACCUUGUUUCUGGUGACGCACCAACUCCCAGGUUUGAACUUGGAAAGAGACCAAGAGAGGAAAAGAGAACCAAGACUGACGAAGAAAACCAAAGAGUGUUGAAUCUCAUCGCACCAAGAAUCAAGGAAUUCUUUGACAGCAAACAAGACAAGCCACUCAACGUUGCUCUUCUCCUCCAACACCAGUACAAGGCAAACGUCAAUAGCAGCGAUCUCAAGGGUGUCGACAAGUCACUCUUUGAACAUUUGGAAAAGGAGUUUGGAAAGGACAGAGUAGAGGUUGCCACACUCAUCGUCGGUGCCAAGUACAAUGGUACAACCUCUUUUGAAAAGUUGGAUAGCCAUACCUUAAAGUAUGGUCCAGUCGCCUCUAAAAUCCAUACUCUUGUCUUCCCAGGUGCCAAAUAUGGUUCGUUGCCAUCAAUCUUUUCAAAGACCGCUCCAAGUACCGGUAACGAGGAAUUAAGUUAUAACGAUGUUGGUGCUAUUACCUCUAUCAUCAUCCAACCACCUUCCACCAACUAA